GUGUUGGUCUGAGUGGCUCUAAGCCUGUUUCAACACCUCUAGAGUUGAAUCAAAAGAUUACCACAAUAGAAUAUGAUGCUCAUGUAGGAAAGCUAGGAGAUCCAGAUUUAGAAGACAUUACUACUUAUCAGAAGUCGAUUGGGAAGCUCUUGUAUUUGACAAUCACACGACUUGACAUUAAUUAUGCAGUACAAACAUUGAGUCAGUUCAUGCAGAGUCCAAAGCAAUCUCAUAUGGAUGCAGCCUUAAGAGUGGUCAAGUAUAUCAAAGGACCACCAGGUCUAGGAGUACUUCUGCAUGCAAAGCCAGUUGACAAAUUGACUGCCUACUGUGAUGCAGACUGGGCAGCCUGCCCUAAUACUAGGAGGUCUGUGACAGGAUAUGUUGUCAAAUUAGGGAGCUCUCUGAUCUCAUGA